CUUCCUGUUUUACAAAAUUACAAGGAAGCAGCAACAACUGGAUAGUCGCAUACCCUGCUAAUGGAUUCACCUCAGUGACCACUGGGAGGAAAGGACCCAUGCUCUCUCAUUUUUGUGCUGCAACACCAGCCCUGUUCAUAUUGUGGAUCAUCAUGGCCCAGGUUGCUGGCCAGGAAGAUAGAGAGAAAACUACUGCACUCAAAGAUUUGCUGUCAAGAAUAGACUUGGAUGAACUGAUGAAGAAAGAUGAACCUCCUUUCACUUUCCCCAAAACCUUGGAGGAGUUUGAAUAUGCCUUUAAUGAAUAUGGCCAGCUCCGCCAUAUAAAAACGGGUGAACCCUUUGUGUUCAAUGCCAGGGAGGAUCUCCACCGCUGGAACCAGAAACGCUAUGAAGCUCUUGGAGAGAUCAUCACUCAGUAUGUUUAUGAGCUGUUGGAGAAAAAGUGCAACAUGACUAAAGAAAUCCUGCCAGUGAAUGCCACAGAAGAUGAACCCACCGGUUUUAUCUACCUCAGCCCAGAUGCCUUAUCCAACCCAUCUAAGCUGCUGGUGCUGAUCCAGGGCAGUGGUGUGGUGCGGGCUGGUCAGUGGGCCCGUAGGCUAAUCAUCAACCAGGACUUGAACUCAGGGACACAGAUCCCCUUCAUUGAAAGAGCCAUGCAGGAGGGCUAUGGCGUGAUGGUGCUCAACCCCAAUGAGAACUAUUUGGAAGUGGAAAAACCCACAAAGUCUCCCCUGCCCUCUCCGACGGAGACCUCCGACGAACCUGCUGAAAAGAGGGAGCGCAAAGACGAUAAAGAGGGCAAAAAGAAGAAGGAAUUUUAUGAGAAAUACCGUAACCCACAAAGAGAGACUGAGACAGAACGGAUUCCUAUACGAGAAAACGGCUCCUCAGAGGAACAUGUGCUGUACGUGUGGGACCACUUUGUGUCCAAAGCCGCAGCCAAGAAUGUCUUCAUCAUGGCCCAUAGCUAUGGAGGACUGUCUUUCGUUGAGCUGAUGAAUCAGAGGGAAUUAGAGGUGAAAAACAAAGUAUGUGCCGUGGCUCUGACUGAUUCUGCUCACAACAUCUGGCUACAGGAGACCACAAAGAGCACACAGGACUGGAUGCAGGAGCACUGUCGUAACUGGGUAUCAAGUCCAGAGCCCUUGGACACACCACUGGAGCCUAUGAUGCCAGACUGCCCCAGAGUCUCUGCAGGCACAGAGAGGCAUGAGCUGACUUCCUGGAUGAGUUUCGACUCUAUCUUCAGGUUCUUCAGUGAUUUCCAUGCAAAAGAAGGCGAGGAGGCAGAGGAGACCUCCAACUCUGUUACCACACGCAGUGGCUCCCACAAAAACAAGCACCAAGAUUUGUAGAGAACCAUCAACAGUGACUCGAAACAAGAGGAGAUUUGGGGAGGGCACAGAGGUUAAAGUGCAGAAAAGGUCCUCUGAUAUUUUUUUUUAAUUUUCUCUCUCUUCCUCUGUAACCUCCUACCAGAUUUCCUUCCCCACUGUUUUCCACGAGUGUCAUUUCUUCCUCCCAGCCCUUCCUGACUCUGCACACGCAUAGCCUUCUUGUUGUAAGAGACAAGAGUACAGGGUCACUGUGUAUACAUCACAAUAACGUUUUGCAUUACUUCUGGUUGAGUGCAACUGUCAAAGCAAUAUGGGCCUGAGUGUUAGCGCUUCCCGUGGGCUGUGGCCUGGCUGCGGGUACGGGCCACAGCAGCAGAGAUUAAGGUUGACAGGCGCUGUGCACAAUGCACUGUGGUGCACCUCUAAUUGUCCUGACAUCAGCCUGAACUGAGCUAAUGCCCCGCCUGCCCUCCAGUCUGCACCGCUCAGUCUCCUCUCCAUCAUCCCCCCCGGUCCUAAAGCCUGGACCACUCAUCCUGAAAUUAGCUCAUGCCGUGUGGUACAUUGUGGUAAGUUUGGUAUCAUUUCAGUUUUUUAAAUCCUGUACCGACCACAAGUAUUUUUUUUAAUAAGAGUGAAUACUCUUAACUCAUUUGUUUAACAGCAGUUGUUUUGAUUGCUUCAUAAUUAUUGUUUGACUCAUCCACACACAUAAUCAAAAAAACUUUUAAACCUCAUUUUUCUCAUUCAGAUUUGUGAGUGUGAUUCUAACCUGUUUGUUUUUUUUCUUUUCUUUUUUUUGGAAUUGCAGUUAUUAUAAUAAGAGAGACUUUUCGUAAUUUCUGAAAUUUGAAGGCAGUGUCUCAUACAGACACUAUGACUAUGAUUUUAUUUUUUAAUAUUAAGCCAAUAUUUUCUCAGCGCAAGUAAGUGAGUAAGUGUUUACUUUAGUGUAUCUAUGAGUUUGAUUUGCAAAAGUGUGGAGAGCUCAUUUCUCUGGUUAUUAUAAAUAUAUAUACUUUUUCCUUUUUUUUCCAGUUUGAUAUCCUUGAAAUUGAUGUCUGUGGCUGAUUGGAUGUGAUGAAACAAAUAAAACAAACACAACCUGUUCUGAAUAUGGAAAAUUCAGGACACUGAGCAUAUUUAAAAUCAUUUAAAGUCAGGCAUCAAAAUGGGUUCGAGAGAUAUCUCAUUUUAACGGGAGCCAGAAGUCAGCUCACAACACUCAUAAAGCCUCAAUAUAUUGCCUUACACAUGUCAUGAAAUCCAAGAUUUCAAUAUUAUUCUAAGCCAGAAUGAUAUUUCCUUAGAUGUUGGAGAAAUGUAACAUAUCAGUUUUUUUUUCCUCACACCAAAGUACUCUUCUUGUGUACUUAGAAGUGACAAAGUCAGCUCCCUGCUCAGCUGCACAUAAUCUGACUGCGUGUCUUAAACAUGAUAUUUUUUCCAUAAAGCUGGUAUGUUUUAUAAAGCACUCAAGGCUUAAUGGAGUGCAUUUCUAAUGUGUCAUGGCAUUAGUAAACCCCCAAAUUGCAUACUAAAUCAUAUGAUACCUUAGACACACAUUCUCAAACAUUCCUACCCUUUUCUAUCCUUUUUUUAAACAGUUUCCAUUGUUAAAUUUCCACACUGAACACUGAAAUCCUGCCUUUUCUGCCCACUGUGUGUAUGGUUGAAGGCUUUUGUGGAUUAUCUUUCUGCUGUAAUGAGACAAGUGCGGCUGAUGGUUGCAGGCCUAAUUUCCUUUUAAUUUGAUUUAGAUCUCUCCAGGUUUCAGCAAAAGAAGUUGGCUUAUUAUUUGAUUUGAUGAGUUUCAUUUCAAGAUAUCUUUGCUCAUCUUUCUCCUUUUCAACUAUGAUCAGUUCAUUUUUCACUCUACAAUUUGUAUAUUGUUGCCUUAGGAAUAAACAAGAUUCUGCUCACUGUUUUUUUUUUUAAUAAUAUCCAGCAAGCCAUAUGUGAAGGGAACUAAAGAUGUAAGAGCAGCCUAAAUCCAAAGCACAGUUUGGAAAUAAAAGGGGAAUAUUUUCGCCAAUUGUUCUUGAAGUCAUUAUUUUUUGCAGAUGGUUUAUUAUUUGUUGCAUUGGAUUGAGAAACACGCCUAUUUUGUUUAAUCACAGCACAAGCUUUUUGGUUUUAUGAAACUGAAAGUUUCCUGCCAGGUUUCAUUUUUUUUUCUUGUAUUCUGAAAUAGUUUCAUUCUCUUUUGAUCCAUUUCAGUUUUGAAGGUCUUAAUUAUUUUCAACGCUUCUGCAGCACAGCAAUUACUGUACUUUUACAUGAUUUCAUUGUUGUAAUAACCAAUUAAAACAAAGCAAAUAAACUUUAAAUCUUGAUUUUUAAA